ACUCGUAUCCCGUGAAUUUUUUUUCCUCACUCCUGUCGACGAUGCCAUUUCAAGUGUCUUCUGUUGUAUAAUUAUUUGAACUUUUUUACACAAUUUACGUGAGCGCAUCGACAUGUAUCUUCACGUAAUAGGAUUUUAUCUGCUUCUUCUGGGUGUCUCCCAUGGAGACAAACUCUCGCCGGGUCAGCGGGCACCCCUCGGAGCAGGAGCCUCCGGUGGAUCGGCCCUCAUAGCCCCUCUCCGGGGAGGUGCAGCUGACGUUGGAGCUAGAUUGGACGUUGGGAGAAGUGGUAAUAACCCGCCACUUCCACCUCCGAAACCCGCAGUUUCAGCUAAGACUGAGGAUGGGGUCACUAGAGAGGAGACAGAGGAGUUGAAGGAAGUCAACGGGGAGUUGGUGAGAGUCGUCAAGGGAAAUUUCGGGUUUGAUAGUCCGGAAGGUCUUCCUGUGGCAGUGAAGUAUCAAGCAGAUGAGAAUGGAAACAGGGCGAGUUUCACGAUUGGAAAGCCUGGAGGUGGUUCUGGAAGACCUGGAGGGGGUUCAGGAGCUGGCGGAAGGCCUGGAGGGGGUUCGGGAGGUGGCGGGAGACCUGGAUAUGGCGUUGGCGGUGGUGGGGGUGGCCCGCCGACAAAAGGUGGAAAGCCUCCACGUGGGGGUUCAGGGGGAGGUGGAGGUGGCGGAGGGAAGACUGGAGGUGACAGCACUUACCUGCCACCGUCCAAAAUGAAUCCUGAGAGGGGCUACCUUCCGCCUAGUUAAACCGUUCACGAGAAUAAUACACAGUCCCUUCAGGACAUUUCUUCCUUCUCUCUCGAGUAAAAAUUAUAUUUGACUUUAUGACGAUACAUUUACAUGUCUUCAAUAAUGUUCACUAUUAUUUUGACAAUGAUCUUAUUUUAUUCUGUAUAAACGUUCAGAUGGAGUUUAAGAUCCUCUGUAAGUACUGUAACCGUAUGGAUUCAAUAGCAACGGAAGAUGAUAA